UUUCCACUUUCCAGUUUCUGAAAUGAGAUGAAACGGUUUCUUGGAUAUUUCAAUACAAAAAGUAUUUUUUAAGUUUGGAGCGUAAAUAAUAGUAGACUGUUCAAAACAUGAAUACCUCAAGUUUUGCUGUAGACUCUUCACGAGGGAAAACAGGAGACGCGGCCAAGACUUUCAUUCUUCCUGACAAAUGUUUUCAAAAACAUGUCGGCUGCGCGUGGGGUCGAGGAAACAAGUUCACAAUAUAUCCGCGAAGUCAAACUGUGAACAAAACUCCUACCAACACCGCAGACAAUAAAUUGAUGAACAUAAAACAAGACAUUCUCCUGUUCACACCAAUUCUUAGGAAACUUGUCAAUGAAUCCAACGGGACAUACCUCUCCCUUCAAAAAGCUGCAGAGGCUGCUAAGGUUUCAGAUAAUCAAGUGGAAUUUCUCAAACUGUCUAGACAGUUCCGUUCAAUCAUUAGAGUGUGCUUAGAAAACCUCCAAGAGGCUGCUACUAAAACAGAAGGCAUUGAGAAGAACUGUCUCCUGUCCUACAUCACUAUAUUUUACUCUAUUGAAUGUAUAUGGCAUUUGUGUGAGAUUCUGUACAUAGACAAUAUACCCGGAGAUAUAGUGUUGCCAUAUUUAUUGGAAUGGGUUCGGUUUCAUUUCCCUUGUCAUGAACAGACUGCUGCCCAAUUGUUGGGGGCUUGUGAGAGAGGAUCCGAAGAACAUGAGGACUACUGGGAUACAGUUGUGGGGAUGGUGGUGCAAGGCAGAGUGGAUGUGGCUAGAGCGCUGCUUAAACUACACUCAGCUGGGGAAAGUAAUGAGUUCAAACUGGUUGAUAACUCUUUGAGGAGCAUGCCUGUGUAUAGUGUGUACGGUGGUAUAUCUACUGGGGAGUUCACAAUAUCCUGGAAACAUUGGCAGGCUGAGUGCCGGUCUAAACUAAGCAGCAGAGUACUGGCCUCACAACCUAAACUUGAACUCAUUAUGAAGAUAAUAAUGGGUGACUACUCUGCAUUUGAAUCGAUACGAAGCAAGUAUUCAUCAUGGUUCGACAUCCUGGGUGGGUGGGUGAUGUUCACGGCGCCGUGGUCGCGGCGCCACGAGCUCGGGGCCGCGGCCGCCGCCUGCGCCGGCAUGCAGGCCACGGGCCGCUCACACCUCGAUGACAUGGUGCGGGCACUGCUGGAAGGCGAUUUACAUCAGGUCAUCCAUGAAAUUCAACAGAUAUCAGAUAAUGGCUGGUUUGCAACUCAUCUAACGGAUAUACUGUUCCACUGUGGCAAACUUACCAUCAUGGAUAAGCAUCAGACCAACGUAACUUCACGCCUCAGGGACAGUCUCAUCUUAGAGUAUGGUUGUCUUCUCAUGGAACACAAGUCCCUCUGGCCCGUGGGUCUCUCCUACCUCGCUUCUUGUCCUCCUGAGGGGCUGAGGAGAGCAGAGCUCAUUUUGGAGAGAAUGCCUGUAGAUACUGAAGCUAAGGCAAUGAAGAUUAUUGCUGAAGCUAAGAAAUAUGAGCUAAUAGGUGUUGCGCAGUCAGUGUGUCGGUGUAUGAGCGCGCGUCACCUGUCGUCGGGUCGGGCGGGCGGCGCGCUGUGCUGGGCCAUGCGCGCGCGCUGCAGCGCCGCCAGCUCCCGCGCCGCGCACGCUGCGCUGGCGCACUACACGCGACACGCGGCGCUGCCCGCGCAGGACCUACUGCUCACUGCCGGCUCCGCCAUGCUGCUCUCAGAUACAUUGCUGUUUUUAGGUAAAUACUGUGAUUUUCACAGACUGUACAAAACUAGAGAAUUCAAGAAAGCUGCUCAGUUACUAGUCUCUUUGAUUACAUCAAAAAUUGCACCAGAAUACUUUUGGGAAACAUUGCUCUUAGACACACUACCUCUCCUUGAGUCGGAUGAGCCUGUGUUCACUUCAAAUGAUACAUAUGAGAUCAUGUUGUGCCUAGAGCUUCGUUCCUCCACCUUGGACGGAGAGAAGGCUGACCUACUCCGCCUGGCGCUGGCUCGGAACCUCGCCAGGACGGCCCUGGCCGAGGGAGACGGCACAGACGAAGGGGCUCAAUGAUUGUUCAGGAGAAAUAUGCCAUGGAACUCCGUAUUCGGCCACAAAGACAAUCAAAUAGUGUGGGACGCGAUCAAGAUGGACUAAAUGUUGUGAAGGUCUAAUGAAGUCUGAUGGACGAGAUUUGAUGCAGUAACAUCUUAAUUUUGCCUUCACUAUGUCUGAAAGUGCUUUAUCAAUAACUAAUAUUGUAUGAACAACUUGUUCCAAACUUAUUUGUUAGUGGUGAUAUCUGUUGUUAUUUUUAUAUAAUAAAAAAUGUUAGCUUCUAAGUAAUGUAAUGUAGUGUAAGUCUAAGAAUCCUGUUUACUCUCCAAAGAUACCUCUUAAAAUUUUUGUGAACAUGUUAGUAAAUUUAUUAACUUUUAGAAAUAUUUUUUGUUAGAGGUUAUUGUCUAGCAGAAUAAGCAGGGUAAAUAGUCACUAGUUUCAUGAUAAUAAGCAUUCUUGAAUAAUCUAGUAAACAUUCCCAUUUUUAUACAGAAGUUUUAAUGUAUGAAUUAAACAAAAAAUAAUCACUGCCAUAUAAAGUAACUAUGAUAGGAGCCUAUAAUAUAACAGCAGUUUUAACUGCAUAUCCACUUCCAGUACAACCAACUUCAGAAAAAUAUGUUUUACUUUGACUAGUUAUAUGUAUUUAUUUAUGUUUGUCUGCCAUUAGCUCGCAAUUGGCUGAAUCAAUUGUGAAUGAUUUACAAAAAUGAGAA